AUGGCUCGAACGCUUUUCUCAGUCCUCUCUUCCUCUGCCGCCCAGUCGCCCGCCCGACCCGCGCCCUGCGCCCGCCGAGCGUACCUCCCUCUCGGUCAGGUUCUUGUCCGGCCCCAGGAGGUACGGGGUCAGGAAAGGCUCGGACGGCCUGAGACUGGCGAAGAAGCCGUAGGCGCAGAGCAGCGAGGUGGGCAAAAACCAGCACUCGCGAGGGACCCGAGCGGUGCGCAGGAGCACAGUGGCCGCCGCCGCUGCCGCGGCCCGCCGGGACACCGGGCCGGGCACAUCCAUCCGGGGCGCGAGGGGAGGGGACCCGGCCCGGUCCCUUCCUUCUCCUCCGCCAACUGGAGUGAGGGUCAGGCACUGCCCCAGCGCGGGCACUUGAAACCGCGAGUGACGCCUUCUAAGGCGUCACUUGUAAGGCCAAGCUGUUCUGGAUUCGCCGCCACCUCCGGCUACAGGACCCUCACCCUUAACCUGCGGCAGACGCCUCUACGGUCGCCGCCUGACCGGGCUGCCUUAGGAAGACCCGUCCUAAGUCCCACCCUCCGUCACCGCCUCCAGUUUGGGAACCAAUCACAGCGGACGCCGGGAAUACCUGGCUUCCCUCCCAUUGGUUGUGGGUCACAUGACGUAAACGGGCGGCGGUCGCAGCACGCCAGGCCGCUGACGUCCCCGGGCUCUGACGCGGGGGACAUGUGGGACUCCAGUCCGAAAGCGACGGCUUGUGGCGGAGCGCUAGUCAGGCGGCUAGCUAGCGUUGGUGUCACACUCGCGGUCGGCUCCAUCACCUUCGGUGGUGCGGCUCAUCCGUCGGGAAUGAGCCCUGUGGGCCUAGUCCCCCACUGGAAGAAACGCGCUGUUGUUCCCAACCACCGUUUCUCAUUCUUAAUCACCGUCCCUCGAAUGUCCAUUCAGGUUCUGCUCCCGAGAGAAGUGACACCGGCCAGGCAAAGAUUUCACCUUGGGGAGCGGGGAAUGUUAAACCUUUCCCUCAGCAGCUUUCGUGUUUUAAAUUGUAAUCAUCUGCCGUGGAAAGAUGUCAGAGGCCCAGGAUCUAAGCGAGAGAACGAAACAAAGAAAGUAGAUAAUAUUAUGAGAAUAAUGAACAAGCUGGUCACUGAACAGCGGAACCGCAAUGGAGCCCCAAUUAAAGGGUUUUGACUUUAUUUCGUCAGUUUUUGCAAGCAUGAUACAGAGAAAACAACCAACUACGCUGCUGUUUAUAGUUAAAAGGAAGGUGGACAAUCCUUAGUCAUUACAGCAAUCGCAAAACAUGAUCGAUUUCUUCAUUUAAAAACAAAAAAGAGGUCUUGGCAUAGUUUUCAAGGGCAAAGCAUGACAAGAAUCUCCAGUGCUUUCUUUCAUCACCCUCGGUGUGCCUUCUUCUGCCUGACUCAUAGCCUGGCUCUGUCCUAAUCCUUCCACUGCAAAGAUGCAGCAUUUAAAGCAGUUAUUCCUGUGCAGUAUUUGUAGGGUGAAAGAUCCUGCCAGAAGCUCAUGGAAACAUUUUGGAACUAUCUUACUUUUUUCUGUAUGUUAUUAUCCAUCUAGCACAGUUUUCUUCCUGUGGUAGCAAAUGACACUUUUUUCAAGCAUCAGCAACAGUAAUGAGUCUGCCAGAUGGAGCAAGAUACUAGUAAAGGGAAAGAUUUGUUUCUAAGACUGCACAAAUCAAUGCACCCAAAUUUGUGAGUUAAUUAAUCUGUGAAGAAAUACAAUUGGUAGUAUUUACUUCUCUCAGUGAAUCUCAAAGCGUGGUCCAGGAAUGCCUGGGUGUCCUGGGACCCUUUCAGAGGUUCCACAAGUUCGAAACUAUUUUCACAAUUAUGCUGACUUUAUUUCCUUUUCCACUCCAGAGGCUAUAUAAUGUGUGAUGACAUCAUCACUCUAUAGAAUAAGAGAAUAUGUGCUUGUGUAUUCUUGUGUUUUUAAGACUUUCCAUGUUUAAUUUAUUACCAUAUGACAAUUAUCAAUAGGUAUAAUCCACAAAACCCAACAGGUUUUUUGGGGCCUCAGUAACAAGGGUCCUAAGACCAAAAUGUUUGAGGACUUCUUAUUGACAUUAUUCAAUCCCCUAAACGCCAACCUUUUUUUUUUUUUUUUUUUGAAAUGAA